GAACACCCCAGAAAGUGUGGCGCAGUUCCUUCACAAAGGCGAAGGCCUCAAUAAAACAGCCAUCGGGGAUUACCUGGGCGAGAAAAACGAUUUCAACGAAAAAGUUCUGCAAUCGUUCGUGGAUCUCCACGAUUUCAAAGAUUUAAUUCUAGUCCAAGCUUUAAGACAAUUUUUAUGGAGUUUUCGACUGCCCGGCGAAGCUCAGAAGAUCGACAGGAUGAUGGAAUGUUUCGCGAAACGAUACUGCGACUGUCAAGGCGAGAACAACGUUUUUGAAAACUCCGAUACCUGCUACGUGCUUUCGUUCGCAAUCAUUAUGUUGAACACUAGUCUGCACAAUCCCAGCGUGAAAGAGAAACCCACCAUCGAACAGUUCGUGAACAUGAACAGGGGGAUAAACCAGGGACAAGAUCUCCCAAGGGAACUCCUAGCUAGUUUAUAUGAGAGCAUCAAGGCCGAACCGUUCAAAAUCCCCGAAGACGACGGCAACGAUCUGAUGCACACCUUCUUCAACCCGGACAAAGAGGGCUGGCUUUGGAAGCAGGGCGGUCGCUACAAGAGCUGGAAGCGACGGUGGUUCAUCCUCAACGACAACUGCCUGUACUACUUUGAGUACACGACGGAUAAGGAGCCGAGAGGUAUUAUACCGCUGGAGAACAUAUCAAUCCGGGAGUGUCAGGACAGACAGAAACAGUUCUGCUUCGAGCUGUACGCCAGCGGCGGAGCGGACUUCAUUAAGGCGUGUAAGACUGAUUCAGAGGGCAAAGUUGUCGAGGGAAAACACACGGUUUACCGGAUGUCGGCAAGCAGUGAUGAAGAGAGGCGGGAAUGGAUCCACCGACUGACGCAAAGCAUAAGUCACAACCCCUUCUACGACAUGCUGGCUAGUCGGAAGCGGAAAGCGCAACUCUACGCUAAAAACUAGUUAAUUCAAUUGUAUCUAAAUUAUUUAUAAUAAAUUAUGUAAGUUACACAGGUGAUGUAAACACAGAGUGUAAAUAUAUUGUCCAUUAGUACGUUUAAGAUGUAAAUACAACGAAUUGAAAAAAUAUUAAAUAUUUUUUUCUUA